CGCUCGGGGCCGCUGACCCGCUCCCGGAGCUGGUCCACGUUGGUCCCGGUCUUUGUUCUGGGUUAGCGCGGGGGACAUGCGCCGCUGAGGAUGGAGGUGGAGGACUCGGGCGGCGUGGUGCUGACCGCCUACCACUCGCACGCGCGCUCGCAACCGCAGGGCGCUGAGCCACGCUGCGCGUCCCGGGCCAGCCAUCCGCUCAGCAGAAAAUCCAUUCCUCGCUGCCGACGAAUCAACAGGAUGCUCUCCAAUGAAUCCCUGCAUCCUCCCUCCUUUAGUCGCUCCAACUCUCAGGCCUCCGUCGACAGCAGCACAUCCGUGGAGGAGUUCCUGCGGGAAAUCGAGAGUAUCAAAGAGAGCAGCGUGGGGGUGCAGGAGGAGCAGCCACCCACAGCUGCUGCUGAAGUCAAGCCCUUGGAUGAAGGAGAGCUUGAAGCGGAGUGGCUACAAGAUGUGGGAUUGUCAACUCUGAUCUCUGGCAACGAAGAGGAAGACGGUAAAGCGCUCCUGUCUACGUUGACUCGGACCCAAGCCGCCGCGGUGAAGAAGAGAUACAACACGUAUACCCAGACUCUGAGGAAAAAGAAUAAACAACCCGUCAGGGAUGUCAGAGACAUCUUCGGAGUCAGCGAAUCUCCGCCCAAUGAUUCUUGUGAGCAUGCUACUCAGUUGGAUGGUACCAAGGAAGAAAAAGAUCUGCCAGGAGUUACCAAGACAAGCAGACCUCUGCCAGACGAUGCUUCUCUCAACAGUACCACCCUAUCCAAUGGUGCCCAGGAUGAAGAAGGUGGUUUUGUGGCCCUUCAGAGUGGUUCUGUGCAGUCAAUACUUGAGGCCAUCCCGGAUAUUCCCGUUCACACCAAUGGAUCUGCAGAUGCUGAGCAGUCGGUUCAGAGGGCGUUGAGUGAUGAUGAUUAUCUAGGGAAGAACAUUCCACCAGAGGCUGAAGAACUGUCCUUUGAGGUGUCUUACUCAGAAAUGGUGACCGAAACACCAGAUAGAAAUAAAUGGAAGAAGUUGGACAUUAAGAAAGAGGACUACGUCUUAACUAAAUUUAUCAUUCAGAAAACAAGAUUUGGGUUGACCGAGACGGGGGACCUGUCUGUGGAAGACAUGAAGAAAAUCCGCCAUCUCUCUCUGAUUGAGCUGACGGCCUUCUUCGAUGCUUUUGGGAUACAGCUGAAGAGAAACAAAACAGAACGAGUGAGAGGCCGAGACAACGGGAUUUUUGGAGUGCCACUUACAGUCCUCCUGGACAACGACCGGAAGAAGGACCCUGCAGUGAAAGUUCCCCUUGUGUUACAAAAAUUUUUUCAGAAAGUCGAGGAGUCAGGUCUGGAAUCAGAAGGAAUUUUUCGACUCUCCGGAUGUACUGCCAAAGUCAAGCAGUACCGUGAAGAACUGGAUGCCAGGUUCAAUGCUGACAAGUUCAAGUGGGACAAGAUGUGUCACAGAGAAGCUGCGGUCAUGUUGAAAGCAUUCUUCAGAGAGCUGCCCACCUCUCUCUUCCCUGUUGAAUAUAUACCCGCCUUCAUCUCUCUGAUGGAAAGAGGGCCUGAUAUCAAAGUGCAGUUUCAAGCCUUGCACCUCAUGGUCAUGGCCCUGCCUGACGCCAACAGGGACACAGCUCAGGCUCUGAUGACAUUCUUCAACAAAGUGAUCGCCAACGAAUCCAAGAACCGCAUGAGCCUGUGGAACAUUUCCACAGUGAUGGCGCCCAACCUGUUCUUCAGCCGAAGCAAGCACUCUGAUUACGAGGAACUGCUGCUGGCUAGCACGGCGGCCCACAUCAUCCGCCUGAUGCUGAAGUACCAGAAGAUUCUGUGGAAGGUCCCAUCUUUCUUGAUCACCCAAGUCAGACGGAUGAAUGAGGCCACCAUGCUGUUGAAGAAGCAGCUCCCGAGUGUGAAGAAGCUGCUCAGGAGGAAGACCCUGGAUCGAGAGGUUUCAAGCCCCAAGACCUCAAAGGUACCGCAAAAAUCACCUUCCUCAAGAAGAAUGUCUGAUGUGCCAGAAGGUGUCAUAAGGGUCCACGCUCCACUUCUCUCCAAGGUGUCCAUGGCCAUUCAGCUCAACAGUCAGACCAAAGCCAAAGACAUCCUGGCGAAAUUUCAGUACGAGAACAGCCAUGGUUCAUCUGAACACAUUAAGAUGCAGAACCAAAGGUUAUAUGAAGUUGGAGGAAAUAUAGGACAACAUUGUUUAGAUCCUGAUGCAUAUAUAUUGGAUGUGUAUCAUAUAAACCCUCACGCAGAAUGGGUCAUCAAGCCCUAGACAAAUAUUAAAACAUGCCCAGGAUGGUUCCUGCCCUGUAUUAUAUGCAAGAAGAUCCUGCAUUUGUGGGAAAAAGAAAAAACAAAAACAAAAAACAAAACAAACAAAAAAAACCCACUACCCUGAAGUAUUUGCUCCUGUAA